AAAUGUUCACAGUAUCUUUUCAAGUAAAAGUAGCGAUGCUACAAACGACAAACCAACAUCCGUAAAUGCAUUUUUUGAUCAUCUUAGUAAUAUAAAAGAUCCUAUUCAAUUUAUAAAAGUGCUCGAAACUUUUGGAAGGUUGAAACAGCUGACAUUUGUACGGGAAGAGUUAAGACUUCAACCAAGUCAGCAUAAAUUAGUUGCUCGGGAACAUCAAGAACUUUUAAUAAACUUAUAUCGUCAAUUAUUUGGAUUAAGUAAAUAUUACAAUAUAGAGAAUGACCUAACUGCUUCAGAGGUUAUUAAUUCGCUCUUGCAACAAUUCAUUCCUGAUGAGCUUCUUGAUCAACUUCAGAGUCAUUUACCAUCUCCAGAUGACAUAAUUGCUCCACGAAAACAAAGUUAUCAUGAACUUUUUAAUGCACGUAUUUACGAUGUUGGCACUUCACGAAGAGAUUAUAUUGCAUUAACUGGUUGUAUUCUGUGGGCUCCAUUAUGGUUUUGGUCAUUUUUGCGAC